UCUAGUCUAGAGGCGGCUCCCUUCAGGAAGAGGUGUCGACUCAGCCGGCGUGUAGCGUACCGCAUGCAGUGACAGCAAGGGAAGCAUCCAGGAAACUUCCCUUCCAACGCUGUGGAGACGAGGACAGAGAAGCAUAGAGAACAGGCAGGGCACCGUGCUAUACAGAUAAGUAGAAAUAAGUAUUUGUGUACUACAGAAUUAGUGAUUCCUGUAUAUUUUAAGAAGAAGACAAAUAGAGUAAAAAAGAAAGAAUAAGAAAAAGAGGUUAGGAAGUUAGGAGUGAAACAAAAACAGAGACUGCAAGAGAACAAGGAAUGAUUUUCUGACCAUCAUCCCUGGCAUUGCUGCGUCGAAGAGCCAGAGUGACAGUGACUGGGCUUGUGCCAGCCCGCGAGCAAUAUCCAUCUAUCCAGGACAUCCAUCCAGCUAUACCCCAGAGGACCUGACCUCCCCUUUGGAUCUCUUCUCUCCUCUGCUCUCUUCACUCCUGCAUUCCUCCACUCCACUCCUUCACUUCUUCACUCCUUUUCUCCUCCACUCUUCACUCCUCCGCUACUUCUCCUGGAGCUGCUGACGGGAUCAUCAUCAUCAUCAUGUCUGCAUCCGCCAGUAACUUCCAUCACAAGCGCAUGUCCUCGGACACAGAGGAGAUGUCUCAGCAGAUGAAGCUGAGAGAGAGACAGCGCUUCUUCUUUGAGGAGGUCUUCCAGCACGACGUCUACCCAGACGUAUACCUGUCCUCAUCUCACCUGCAGAUAGACUACAAGAGACCCCCCAUAGGCAGCAUCUCGUCCAUGGAGGUGAAUGUGGACAUGCUGGAGCAGCUGGAGCUGCUGGAUCUGUCCGACCCUGACGCCCUGGAUGUCUUCUUCAGCGCCUCCACUGACGACGCUGUGCUGCCCUCUCCCCUGACAGGCCCAGAGGAUGAAGAGCCAGCUGAUGAGGAGGAGGAUGGCCUCACUCUGCUGGUUCCCAGUGGCACCGCGGUUAAGUCCCGGAUGUCCUCCACAUCCUCCGCUGCUUCCUACGACAGCCAGGGAACCAAUGGGGAAGGAACAGAAACGCCCACCGUCCAAUCGGAGGACGAGGAUGGCCAAAGCGACGACCUGUUGAUAACGCCUACAAGCGAUGACGAGAAGGCCCCGUCCCUUCUGUCCCCGUGAGAAGUGUGAAUGGACGAAGUGGGAGACAAGCCUUGCUGGGGAUUGGUGAAAGACUAUACCUGUAUUCCUGAAGUGGGCAGAAUGUUCUAGACACUUGCAAACUGCCAAAGACAUUUUUGGACAAGCUGAAAAGAUUAUCGGUACCUUCAGUCCCUAACUCUACUUUUUCAAUUUCUGCACUCUAAUACAGUUUUUAUAGUUAGCAUAUACUGUACACGUUACUUACGAGCAAGCAACAUUUAUAAAACAUCUGACUUGUAUGCCAAACUGAACCUGCAAUUAAAACCCAACAGUACUUUUUUAAUGCAUUUUUGUGACAAUUUUUGUGUACAUACAGUACAUAUAUGAACCAGUUGAAUUUAUUUUACAUAUUACAUUGCACUGUGUGAAAGCAGAGUAAGAAUAAUUAUUAUGUUAUUGUACUAUAACCUACUGUAAUAAAGACAGAAAAUGACUUCAACAAAUGCACAGAUUGCAAGUGAUGAGGGAAUGUUUAAGCCUAGUUGAUGGAGUGUACCAUAUAUUUUAAAAACAAUAUCUUCCUGGGAUGUGUGCUGUGACCAAUCUAGAAAUUACCCAAUCUCCAACAUCUCUGCAUGCUAAUUGGUAUUUCAUACUGGUGUAAAAAGGGAGCACUCCCUGUUAAUGGUCUUAGUCCCAAUUAUGGAUGGGUAAUACUUGUUCUGUUCCAUAAUGGUCACCCAAAAUAGCCCUAAAAUCAUCUGCAAUAAAUGAAUUAUUUCAUUUUAUGUGUCCUGGAUUUUGGUGUCCUAUCACUUCCAUCUUCAUCCCUUUUGAUCUUGUUUUGCCUAAAUGCUCACAUUGUUUAAGGUUGGAGAACAAUUUGUGUUGUUAAGGCUUUUCAUGCUCGCAUUUUAUGCGUAACUACUGCUUUCAUUUCCUGUCCCAUGUAUACCUCAUGUUUCCAUUCUAAAUAGAAUUGAUUUUCAAUUGA